AUGUCGAUUAAAGAAUUUCCAGAAUUGUCUGCUGAACAAGAAUCGGAGCUAGUUGAGUCAUUACUCCAUUGGUGCCUUGGGAAUGGAUUAGUUAUGUAUCCCCCAAACUUUUCCAAUUGUAGUGCCAAUAAUGCCCCAAUAACGUUAUUCCCUACUCCGAUGCCUAGAAAUAGUUUCAAGAAUGCCGAAGAUGUUCAAAAGAUAUUCAAUGAAUUAUAUAUUAAUUUAGUAUCUAAAGAAAGGGAAUGGUUGAUUAAAGAGUUAAGGGAGUUGUCAAAGUAUGACUCAGAUUUUACUGGAAAACUAUUUGAAAUUUAUGAAGAAGUGACCUCUAAUGGCCAAGUUCCCCAACCGUUAUCGUUGGGCUUGUUUAGAUCAGAUUAUAUGAUACACAACGAAACAAAUGAAAUUAAACAAAUUGAGUUUAACACUGUCAGUGUCUCUUUCGGAGGAUUAUCUACCAAAGUCGGCGAAUUACAUAAUUACUUAAAUUCAAGUGGAUUCUACGAUAGCAAGUAUUCUAAUGUGUAUUACGAGGGCCAGGAAAUACCAAUUUCAAACUCAAUUAAUGAAUUGGCCCAGGGCUUAGCCGAUGGGAAUUACUUUUAUAACAAUCAACUGGAAAAUAAAGACACUGUUGUUUUAUUUGUUGUACAACCACAGGAACGGAACUGCUUCGACCAAAGACAUAUUGAAUUCUCCUUACUUAAAAACCAUGGCAUUAAAUCCUAUAGACUUACUUUAGAAGAAAUAGAAAGCAAAGUGACAACCAACUCGAAUAAAUUAUAUAUUAAGUCAACUAUGGAUGAAGUAUCCGUCGUUUAUUACAGAGCAGGAUAUUCACCAGAUGAUUAUGAACAUAAUCCGCAAAGUACCUGGAAUUCGCGUUUGAUUUUAGAAAAAUCUUUGGCAAUUAAAUGCCCUUCAAUAUUGACUCAAUUAUCAGGUGCAAAGAAGAUUCAACAACUCUUGACCAAGAAAGAAAUUGUUGAAAAAUUGUUGCCUACUGUCAGCCAAGAAGAUCUUAAAAAAUUAAUGUCAACAUUCGUAUCAAUAUAUCCGUUAGAUGAUUCAGAAGAAGGAAAAAUAGCUCAAAAAUUGGCUUUCGAAGUUCCUGAAAGAUUUGUAUUAAAGCCUCAAAGAGAAGGAGGCGGUAAUAAUAUCUAUAAAGAGGAAAUUCCAAGUUUCUUGGAAAAAUUAGAUAAAAGCGACUGGGGUGCCUAUAUUUUAAUGGAACUCAUAAACCCACCUAGUUAUAAAAACAAGAUUAUUAGAAAUAACGAAGUAUAUAACGAAAAUAUAAUUUCGGAAUUAGGAGUAUUUGGUAGCAUUUUAUUUAAUGAAGCAAAUGGUGAAAUUUAUACGAAUAAAAAUGCAGGUUGGUUAUUAAGAUCCAAAUUUAGUUCCAGCAAUGAAGGUGGCGUGGCUGCAGGUUUUGGUUGCGUGGAUAAUAUUUAUUUAUAUUAG